ACCUCCUGGCUCUGGCCCUGCCUCCUGUGCCACGGUGCAUAAAAGAGCUCUGCUGGGGAAGGGAAACUCCUCCUGAGCCUCAGUCUCUCCUCCAAGUGCCUGGAGGUACCGGGGAAGCCGUGGGUUUUCCUCCCUGCCUGAAACUCUCUGCACGUGUCUGGGGGCUGCAGCAGGCAGGGCGCGAUGGUGCGGCGGGUGGCGAUCGUCGGCGCGGGCGUCAGCGGGCUGGCGGCCAUCAAGUGCUGCCGGGAAGAGGGGCUGGAGCCCACCUGCUUCGAGAGGAGCGAGGACAUCGGGGGGCUCUGGCGCUACAUGGAGCACGUCGAGGAGGGUCGAGCCAGCAUCUACCGCACCGUCUUCACCAACUCCUGCAAGGAGAUGAUGUGCUACCCUGACUUCCCCUUCCCUGACGAUCACCCCAACUACAUGCACAACUCGAAGCUCCAGGAGUACAUCUGGAAGUUUGCCGAGCACUUUGAUCUGCUCCGGCACAUCCGCUUCAAGACGCUGGUCACCAAGAUAAAAAAACGCCCCAACUUUUCUGUUACGGGGCAAUGGGAUGUCGUUACGGAAAAGGAAGGGAAGGAAGAGACGGGGGUCUUUGAUGCUGUUAUGAUCUGUUCUGGGCAUCACGUCUACCCAAAUCUCCCUGCUGCCCACUUCCCAGGAAUACAGAAGUUUAAAGGCUGCUACUUCCACAGCCGAGAGUAUAAGGAGCCAGAAAAAUUCAGAGGGAAGAAAGUCCUGGUGAUAGGGUUGGGCAACUCGGGCUGUGACAUUGCUGUGGAGCUCAGUGCUGUGGCAUCGCAGGUCUACCUGAGCUCCAGAAGUGGUUCGUGGGUGAUGAGUCGCGUUUGGGAGCACGGUUACCCGUGGGACAUGAUGAUCGUCACUCGCUUUCAGACCUGGCUGAGCAGCAUCCUUCCCAGGGCGCUCAGUGACUGGCUAUACGUGAGGAGCAUGAACCGGCCAUUCAAGCAUGAGAACUUUGGCCUCAUGCCAGUGAAUGGGACUCUCCGUAAAGAGCCAGUGUUCAAUGAUGACCUCCCGAGCCGCAUUGCAUGCGGUGUGGUCGUGGUGAAGCCUAACGUGAAGGAAUUCAGGGAAACAUCCAUCUUGUUCCAAGAUGGGACCGUGCAGGAGGAUGUUGACGUGGUCAUCUUCGCUACUGGCUACAGCUAUUCCUACCCUUUCAUGGACGAUGACUCCAUCAUCAAAAGCAGGGACAAUGAGGUCACUCUCUACAAAGGCAUCAUCCCUCCUCAGCUGGAGAAGCCAACCAUGGCUGUCAUUGGGCUGGUCCAGUCUCUUGGAGCCAUCAUCCCAACAUCGGAGCUCCAGUGUCGCUGGGCACUUAAGGUGUUUCAGGGGCUGUGCAGGCUUCCCCCAAUGAGCAAAAUGAUGGACGACAUUGAUGAGAAGUCGGGGAAGAAACUCAAGUGGUACGGAAGCAGCAAUACGCUGCAGACAGAUUAUAUCACCUACAUGGACGAGCUGGCCACCGCCAUCGGCGUGAAGCCCAGCCUGCUCAAGCUGCUGCUGACGGACCCACAGCUGGCACUGGAGGUCUUCUUCGGCCCCUGCACCCCAUACCAGUUUCGGCUGACGGGCCCGGGGAAGUGGAGCGGCGCCCGGACGGCUAUCCUCACCCAGUGGGACCGAACGCUGGGGGUCACGCGGACGCGGGUGGCCCCCGCCACCCCUCUGGCCUUCCCCAUCCUGGCGGUGCUGGGGAUGCUCUUCCUCCCACUGCUCCUCAUGGCCUUCCUCGCCUUCCUUUACUGCUAGCAGAGGCUUGGUGAGGAGCGGCGGGGUGGGAAGUGGUGUUACCCCAAAAUAAUCCACGAGGGUCACAACCAAUGGCACUGAUAAAUAAGAUGCAAUCUCUGCACUUUUUAAACUUGGGAGCCUUUUCAGUUGGGUCUAUGGCAGAGUGUAAAUAUUGAGCCAGCAACGCUGCUUAUUUUAUCCCUCAAAAUGUGGUCAAAAAGUAGUUCACAGAUACAUGGUUCUUAGAUCUCCCCAUUUACUAUCUCCUUUCCCAGUGGAAAACUGGAGCCACCAUGUUUGUUUUGCUGUAAAGUUUGUCCUUUGGGUGAAACUAGCUUACUUUAAUUGGCACUUCCAAAAAAUCAAUUUCAUAGUAAACCAAUAUCCAUGGGUUUUUUUUCCCUCCAGUGGGGAAAGACAUCCGAAUGAAAACUUUCAGAUGAAAAUAAAAAUACUGAGAGGAAAGAAUACUUUGGCGUAAAAGGUAGGUUUCUUUUGGAAAAUAAACUCACCCACCCCCCCAGCUUAAAAAAUAAGUUGCCCGCCAGCUCCGAGAACAACAUCUGGACUUUGCUGGAACAUGUGAGCUUUCAAAAGCUGAGAUGAACCGUGUCCAACAGCCAAACUAAUCGGCCAAACUCAGGUUGCGUAACCAAAAGCGGCGGCCGCGGGGCCCUUGGAAGGACGUCAGUGCUCAGCCUGCUGCCGGCCACGGCUCAACCCGAGCAGGCACCGUGGUGGGGUCAAAUCCUCUGCAAGCACCUUGGUGUUAGACAAGCGGUUUGCUGAGCCCACGAGAGCUCUUUGCUGGAAAGAAAGAUGCUUCCCAGGAGCACGGGCUGUCGUUGCCACCCCCUGCUAAUGCACGGGGCAGCCUGCAGCCGCAGGACACACUCAGGGUAUCUUGGCUUUUUGCCUCCGUGAAGCAAUCAUUUUAGUCAGCUUUGCAAAAUGCUCCACGGUUUUAUGAGGCGCCGUAUAAAUGCAGAAUAGCAUUAUUAUCCUAAGCUCUGGGUCUCAAAAUGAGAUUAAAGGACAGCCUGAUGUUCCCUUCUCAGUGCCUCCUGCUUCUGGCUGAGCGCUCCGCUAAUAAACUUUCUGAUGCCAGGACAUGAAGGUUUAUGGCUGCUCUUACUUCUCCCAACCCAAGUUAUGUGUACUUAUGGUAGGAAGCAGCUCUUUUUUUGACUGUGGUCCAAGUCAAAAGAGCUCAAAUGCGCUGUCUAUCUCAAAAACACAGAUACAAAUAAAAACAUAGUGGAAUCUUCUAA